AUGGAACUCGCUUCGCUCGUCAAGGACACACUCGAUCAAGCGACCGAGUUCUCUCGGGAAACGGUGCAUCCAGACGGUCAUUGGUGCGGUGAGCUCAAAUCCAACGCAACCAUUACGUCCGAAUAUGUCUUCCUCCGAUACGCUUUAGGUCUGGAUCUGACGGCCGAUGGACCUUCGUAUGUCUAUUGGCUUCUGUCCGAGCAGAAUCCGGAUGGCUCCUGGGGUCUGGCUCCAGAGAUUCCCGGCGACGUCUCAACCACAACAGAGGCAUAUCUGGCCUUGAAAAUACUAGGAGAAGAUAUCACCUCUGUGCCCAUGCAAAGAGCGAGGACGUUUGUGCUUCAGGCCGGGGGAGUGGCUGCUGUCCGGGUGUUCACGCGUAUUUUCUUGGCUACCUUUGGGUUGUUUCCGUGGACUUCGAUUCCACAAAUUCCGGUAGAGCUCGUCCUUCUGCCCUCUUCGUUGCCAAUUAAUAUAUUCAAAUUGGCAUCAUGGGCACGAGGAACAAUCGCCCCAUUGUUGCUUAUUUGCCACCACCAGCCCGUGUAUCCGUUGCCAAACGGACAGUCGGCGAGCAACGACUAUCUCGACGAAUUAUGGACGGACAGUACGAAUAAAAACGUGCCCUACGGCAAGUCACUUUGGUCCUUGGCGGCAGACCGCGACGCAGCCGGCUUAGCAUUCACCGUUGUCGAUAAAGUCUUGUAUCAGCUCGGGGGAUUGCGAUCGGUACCGUUCAUGCGCACGUAUGCUCGCCGCAAGUGUGUUGAAUGGAUCCUUGACCGACAAGAAACCUCCGGCGAUUGGGGUGGAAUCUUUCCCCCGAUGCACGCGAGUAUGUAUGCUUUGCUGCUCGAAGGAUACCGCCUUGAUGACGAGCCGGUGCGUCUCGGGUUCGAAGCUCUGGAACGUUUCGCCUGGCAGGAUGAGCAAGGAAAGAGGAUCCAGGCCUGCGUGUCUCCAGUCUGGGACACAGCGCUGAUGACCGUUGGGCUAUGCGACGCCAUGUCUACCGACAAGGGACAUCUCGAACGAGCGGUGAGCUGGAUUCGACGUCGUCAGAUCUUUGACCUGCGCGGAGACUGGCGCGUCUACCGUCCGAAUCUCGCGCCUGGGGGCUUUAGUUUUGAGUACGACAACACAUGGUACCCCGAUGUAGACGACACUGCGGCCAUUAUUCUGGCACAAAUCAAACAGGACCCGAAAUCGGUAUCUUCUUUCUCCGUGGUGCAAGCAACGAAAUGGAUAUUGGGUAUGCAGAACCCGGAUGGAGGCUGGGCUGCCUUUGAUGUUGAGAACGACAAGCUCUUCCUCAACAAGAUCCCUUUCAGUGAUAUGGACAGUCUGUGCGACACCUCCUGCGCCGACAUCACAGGUCGCAUCCUUGAAGCAUUUGGGUUGUUGGUGCGAAUCCCCGAUAAGAGCAAAACAGUCGUGCAUCUCUACCCUCAGCUUCGUCUGGCUUGCCAUCGCGCGAUCGGCUAUUUCGCCUCCACCCAAGAGUCCAAUGGAAGCUGGUUUGGUCGAUGGGGGUGCAAUUAUAUUUACGGCACUUCCCACGCGCUGUGCGGCCUGGUCUAUUUUAUCGACGAGGAUAAACGCGUUCAGAGAAUGGCAGAUCUUGCCAUACAGUGGUUGAAAUCUAUCCAGAAUGUUGAUGGUGGAUGGGGCGAGUCAUUACUCACGUAUAAAGACCCAAAUAUACUGAUCAAGGGGCACAAGUCCACUGCUGCGCAGACUGCGUGGGCGCUGAUGGCGCUGUUGGCAUAUUUGCCGCACACAGAUGAGGCGAUCGAGCGAGGCGUCAGGUAUCUCGUUGAGUCAAUGGAAGUUGUCGGCCGGAAGACGGAAGAAUGGACGGAGAAAAUGUACACGGGAACAGGGUCGGGUAAAGUGCACAUGGGAACUUGGACGGAUAAAAUGUACACGGGAACUGGGUUUCCGAAUCAUUUUUAUCUGGGAUACGUGUAUUACGCUCAUUACUUCCCCGUGAUGGCGUUAGGAAGGUAUAUGCGGAAAGCCUCGGCUCAAGGAUGA